AUCAAAAUGGUGAGUGCUUUUUCAAUUGGUAAAGCGUAACGAUGUAUUUAUCAUGUUAAAUGAAAUCAGCCACUAUUCCCAGGAGUGAAACGCCUGGUCCAGGAGCUUAUUAGCCAAUGAAGAAAUAGAAGAUGACACCCCCAUCAUUUAAGUAAUUUUUGCCUGUUAAAAUAGAUUUGGAUCUGGUAAUAGAAGUGGACUUCUGAAAGUAUUUGCACCAGGACCUGGUGCUUAUGAGCAUCCUUCAAGAGUAACCAAAGAAGGACCAAAGUAUUCAUUUGGACUUAAAAAACCAACUAAUUUAGCAAAAUAGGGACCAGGACCAGGUAAACAUAAAGAAUUGAUUUUUAUUCAGGAGCAUACAAUCCUAAUUACAGAACUAUGAUUAAGGCACUUCCAAAUUAUUCAAUGGGAAGCAAACAAUAAUAAAACUACUCUACAUUUUAACCAGGACCAGGAGCAUAUGAAAAUCAAUCAACAGUUGUAGGAGUUCCUUGUAUGAAGUAAUUGUAGUUUUUAGUUUAAGAUUUCCACAUUCUAAACGUGAAGGAUUUUAUGAUUUGACUCGUACUCCUGGGCCUGGAUCAUAUUUAAAGAGACCCAAUAGUGCUGGUCCUCAAUAUAAAUUUGGAACAGCAUCUAGAGGAGCUUUUUCAGAAGGUAAAAAUCCUGGUCCUGGAGAAUAUGAGGCAAGAAGUGAAUUUAAUGUUUCACAAAAAGGGUUUUCUAUGCUUUCAAGAAGAAAUUAAACUCAGUAAGAAUUAGUGCCAGGACCUGGUACUUAUAAUUGGGAUAAGAAAUAAAAAUUACAACCUCCUUCUUAUAAAAUAGGAAAUGAAACAAGAGAUAGCUUAAAUAGAGAAAUGCUUAGAACUCCUGGACCAGGAACAUAUGAAUCUAGAUAUGAAUUUGCAAGACCUAAAUCUGCAUAAGUUCGUAUAGGUAGUGCCAAUAGAAGACCAUUAAGUGAUACAAGAGAUAUUCCAGGACCAGGAACUUAUGAUUUGAAUACUAAAAUUGGAGAGGGACCAAAACAUUAAAUUUUAGGUAGUAAAUAUGAACCAACAACAACUUUAAAUUAACCUGGACCAGGUGCUUAUAAUCCAAAUGAUGGACCCAGUAAAUAACGUCCUGCUUCAGCCAAAAUUGGAACAGGUUAAAGAGCUGAACUGAAUGCUGGUUUUGGAAAAGAUGUUCCAGGUAAGAUUAUUAUUUAUUUUAUUAAAGGACCUGGAAAUUAUAAUCUAAGAGGUUAAUCUGAUGGGCCUAAGUGGGGAUUCGGAACAGCCAUGAGACCACAUCUGAAUUAAACGGAUUAAAGUGUUCCAGGACCAGGAAAUUAUAAUCUCAAACCAACUUUUGCAGAUGUUCCAUCAUAUCUAUUGAAUAAAUGA